UCACUGGAUGUAGCAUCUACCAAAACCCCAUUUCCCUACAGCAAAGCAACCAAAUCGAACGAGUGAUUGGCUGUUCUGCACCACGUAACAUGCGAACGCAUGGUCCGAAAAUUUAUCCGCUUGGAUUGUCGCCACUUUUAAGGCUGUGAUUGAGCUUAUUUUGAUAAGUAACUGAGUCGAGCAGCUUUAAUCGAUUCGAAUACAAAUCAAGCAUCUUGAUUUUCUCGACAUAUUUUAUUAUUUAUAAAUAAUGCAAGUCGAGCUCAUCUUUUAUGAAAUGAAAUUCCAACUUUCUUGAACUAUAUUAUCUUACUUUGCCUAACAAAAAUUUCAAUUGCAACAUAUAUUAUAUACAUACACACACAAGAAACAAUAUAUAUAGUCUAUAGGAAAAAAAAAACAAUGAAGCCCACCAUGCUUAUUUUCCUCAUAAUACUCACCACAAUUAUCCAACUCAACCACCGCUCAGCAGCCGCCGUCGCCGCUGCGAAACCCCCGGACAACGAAACGAUAUACGAGAUCUCGAAACAGCUAUGCUGGCACUGCAUGGGAGAGGCGGUGCAAUUCCUGUACGGCCACAACUUGGUCCGGGCGAGAAAAAUGGAGCUGCCACUCGUGUGGGAUUCUCAGCUGGCUAACUACGCCCGGUGGUGGGCCGGGCAGAGGCAGGAGGACUGCCAGCUGGCACACUCGUUCCCGGAAGACGAUUUCAAGCUCGGCGAGAAUAUAUACUGGGGCAGCGGAUCCACGUGGACCGCCAUGGAUGCUGUCAGUGCUUGGGCGGAAGAGGAGAAGUAUUAUUCUUACAGGAGUAAUAGCUGCGUUGAUGGGGAGAUGUGUGGCCAUUACACGCAGAUUGUGUGGAGGAGUACGCGGAAAGUCGGCUGUGCUCGUGUUGUUUGCGACGGCGGUGAUGUGUUUAUCACUUGUAAUUAUUAUCCGCCGGGAAAUUACGUCGGCGAACGGCCGUACUAAUCUCCGCCGGUCGGAAUAUGUUGCUCGUUAUGUGUUUGAUUUUAUGCCUCAAUGGGGCUAUAUUUGAGUUUAAUGGUAAAUUACAACCACCCCUGAGGUUAUGGUUAAAUUACGAAAGCCCCCUCAUGUUUGGAUAAUUACAACUACCCUCAACUAUAAAUCUUCUUACACGUCCAGCCUUGCAGUUUCUAAUUUGUGGAUUCUUCUUGAUUAUUUGGAAUAUUAUUAAUUUUAUAAUCCGUUUUAUUUCAUUCGAGCUUCAUAUUUUGAAGCAGAAUGAUCAUAUAUAAGAUGUGUAUUUUUUGCUUGUAUA